GGUAUCUGGCACAGCAGCUGCACCCACCAUCUCACCAUGUGUCUGAAACGGGCCCUGUAAAUACAGUGUUUCAGAGUCAUGUUGGAUGCUUGUCGUUAGCUUCUAAGUCUCUGAGGUGGCCUGGGUAGUUUACCCCCGGACUGGAUGUGUAGUGACAUCACACAGCAGCCUUGUGCAAGGAGGGGAUGUCUGCAAGGCCCCGAAGGCCUGGGAGGCAGGGUAGUGGAGGCUCCUGGGCCAUGCCUGCUGCUGGCAUUCCCUCUUCUGGGAGGGCUCAGGCCCAGGGCCAGGGACCCGGGGCUGCUCCAGAGAGCAGGGUGUGGUGAUGACUCCACAGUGCUCACAGAUGUGUGGUGUGAGGCUGCACAUAGGCCCCUGGGCAGGAUCUCAAAGGACAAGUCCAAGGUGUGAGGCCCCCGUGGGAGUGGUGGGCAGGUGAUGUUAGACAGGAUCCCCCAGGGUGUGCAGUGCCCAGGCUGAGGAUUGCCGGGUGCCGAGGUGGCUCCUCCUGACCGUGGCUCUGUCCAGCACACCGCUGUCCACUCUCUGCCCUGCUAGUGGCUUGUCAGCUAGCCCCAGGCACCAGGCUUCCCUGAGUGAGCCCAGCCCUCGAACCCCUGCAAAAGGUCAGAGAAGAAUGGGUGCAAAGAAGACAUUUCCGAGGCCUGCAGAUGGCUGCUUUCAGGAAGUGAAUGGGCUUCCUCUUUCUGUUCAUUUUUUCUUUAAAAUACUGCUGAGGUUUUGAGGCUCUGCCCUGAGCUCUUUGUGGCUGAAGGCUGCUUGGCCUGAGAAAGGGAUGGUCCCCACAUCUCGUGCAGUCUUGAGUCAGGGUGGUGGGGCCCUGGCAGCCUGCCCACCGGCUCUGAAACUGAAUGAGGGCGGGGGCAGAACGGCCACCAGGAUGGGGCCUCGUCCGCGUGGAGCCCAGCAGUGGAGGAAGUGGGUUGGUUGCACGUCAUGCAUUUCAACAUUGGGACCCAGCCUUCGAGAAGGAAAACGGAGAGCAGGACAGUGGAGCCAGGGCUGAAGAAAUGAAAAGAAGGGGACAGAGAGCCAGACUUUAAGCACCCUGUCUUUUGCUGGCUCUUUUCCCCAAGUGUCAGGGCAGGGCUCUCAGGCCCCACAUCAGGAACUUGCCUCCUGCUCCUCCUCUGGUAGCCGCAGGGCCCAUGGCUGAGGCAGGUGCUCUUGCUGCAUUUAUUCAAGAUGAUGGAUUUGGAUGUCCUUCUAUGAAGAAAUGCCACGUGUCUCUCCGGGCGCAAGAACAAACAUGUCCAAAUUACUGCCACCUUAGGGGACUAGGGCUUGGUGACAGCACUUCCAGGGGCAUCAGGCGUGGUCUGACCCAAGAGCAGGAAGCACAUCAUCACCAAUGACAUCAUGACAGCAAGAGAGCACAGCCCUCGCCAUGGCGCCAGGGCCCGUGCGAUGCAGCGGGCUUCCACCAUCGAUGUGGCAGCCGACAUGCUUGGCCUCUCCCUGGCAGGAAAUAUACAAGAUCCAGAUGAGCCUAUUUUAGAAUUCAGCUUAGCUUGCAGUGAGCUGCAUACGCCAUCGCUAGAUCGAAAACCAAAUAGUUUUGUGGCAGUGAGUGUGACCACCCCACCUCAGGCGUUCUGGACGAAGCACGCACAGACAGAGAUAAUCGAGGGAACCAACGAUCCUAUAUUUCUAAGCAGCAUUGCCUUUUUUCAAGACUCUCUUAUCAAUCAGAUGACACAGAUCAAACUCUCCGUGUACGAUGUCAAGGAUAGAUCUCAGGGAACAAUGUAUUUACUGGGCUCUGGCACAUUCAUUGUCAAAGACCUGCUCCAGGACAGGCGUCAUAGGUUGUAUUUAACACUAAGGUCGGCAGAGAGUGACCGCGUGGGUAACAUCACUGUGAUGGGCUGGCAGAUGGAGGAGAAGUCAGACCAGCGUCCGCCCGUGACCCGGUCUCUGGAUACUGUCAACGGGAGGAUGGUUCUGCCUGUCGACGAGAGCUUGACUGAGGCCUUGGGAAUCCGAUCCAAAUAUGCUUCCUUGCGAAAAGACACUUUACUGAAAUCGGGUAAACAGCUUCCUCCGUCCAGCUUUUGCCCCCCUUUGUUCGGCGGCGCCAUCUGCCGCAUGUACCGGUUCCCGACCACUGAGGGCAACCACCUGCGGAUCCUGGAGCAGAUGGCGGAGAGCGUGCUGUCGCUGCAUGUCCCCCGGCAGUUCGUGAAGCUCCUGCUGGAGGAGGAUGCGGCCAGGGUGUGUGAACUGGAGGAGUUGGGGGAGCUGUCCCCUUGCUGGGAGAGCCUGCGGCGCCAAAUCGUCACUCAGUACCAGACCGUCAUUCUCACAUACCAGGAGAACCUGACCGACCUCCAUCAGUACAAAGGUCCCUCGUUCAAAGCGAGCAGUUUGAAAGCAGAUAAAAAGCUAGAAUUUGUUCCCACAAACUUACACAUACAGCGGAUGAGAGUUCAAGACGAUGGAGGAUCAGAUCAGAACUACGACAUCGUCACCAUCGGAGCGCCGGCUGCACACUGCCAAGGCUUCAAGUCAGGGGGUCUCCGCAAAAAGCUGCACAAAUUUGAAGAGACCAAGAAACACACAUCAUCCAGCUGCCAGUCCAUCAUCUACAUACCACAGGACAUUGUCAGGGCCAAGGAGAUCAUCGCCCAGAUCAACACACUGAAAACCCAAGUGAGUUACUAUGCAGAGCGGCUCUCAAGGGCAGCCAAGGACAGGUCUGCCACUGGCCUCGAAAGAACCCUCGCCAUCUUGGCCGACAAGACCCGGCAGCUGGUCACCGUGUGUGACUGCAAGCUGCUCGCCACCUCCAUCCAUGGUCUGAACGCCGCCCGGCCUGACUACAUCGCCUCCAAGGCCUCACCCACCUCAACUGAGGAGGAGCAGGUGAUGCUGAGGAAUGACCAGGACACCCUCAUGGCCAGGUGGACAGGCAGGAACAGCCGGUCGUCUCUGCAGGUGGAUUGGCAUGAGGAGGAGUGGGAGAAGGUGUGGCUGAACGUGGACAAGAGCCUGGAGUGCAUCAUCCAGCGGGUGGACAAGCUGCUACAGAGGGAGCGCCUGCAGGGCGGGGGCUGUGAGGAUGGCUUCCCCUGUGCCGGCAGCUGCACCGGCAAGAAAGGUAACCGGGGCAGCCGGGCCUACUGGAUCCGACCGGAGGACCCCUUCUGCGACCUCCCCUCCUCGCCGUGCCCCUCCACCAUGCCCUCCACUGCAUGCCGCCCUCACCCAACCACACAUUGCAGUCCCCCUCCUGAAGAGGCCAGCCCAGGUGAGUGGAGCGAGGCCCUGUACCCGCUGCUGACCACCCUCACAGACUGUGUGGCCAUGAUGAGUGACAAGGCCAAGAAGGCCAUGGUCUUCCUGCUCAUGCAGGACAGCGCGCCCACCAUCGCCACCUUCCUGAGCCUGCAGUACCGCCGUGACGUGGUCUUUUGCCAGACGCUGACUGCGCUCAUCUGUGGCUUCAUCAUCAAGCUGAGGAACUGCCUGCAUGACGAUGGCUUCCUGCGGCAGCUCUACACCAUCGGGCUGCUUGCCCAGUUCGAGAGCCUGCUGAGCACCUAUGGGGAGGAGCUGGCCAUGCUGGAGGACAUGAGCCUCGGGAUCAUGGACUUGAGGAACGUGACCUUCAAAGUCACUCAGGCCACUUCUAACGCGUCCACCGACAUGCUGCCCGUCAUCACAGGAAAUCGGGACGGCUUCAACGUGCGGAUCCCCCUGCCGGGGCCCUUGUUCGAUGCCCUGCCGCGGGAGCUCCAGAGCGGGAUGCUGCUGCGGGUCCAGCCUGUGCUCUUCAAUGUGGGCAUCAAUGAGCAGCAGACGCUGGCCGAGAGGUUUGGUGACACAUCUUUACAAGAAGUUAUCAACGUGGAGAGUUUGGUGCGGUUAAAUUCCUACUUCGAGCAGUUCAAGGAAGUUUUGCCUGAGGAUUGCCUACCUCGAUCUCGGAGCCAGACGUGCCUGCCAGAGCUGCUGCGCUUCCUGGGUCAGAACGUGCACGCCAGGAAGAACAAGAACGUCGACAUCCUCUGGCAGGCUGCCGAGAUCUGCCGCCGCCUUAAUGGGGUCCGGUUCACCAGCUGCAAGAGCGCCAAGGACCGCACGGCCAUGUCGGUGACGCUGGAGCAGUGCCUGAUACUGCAGCACGAGCACGGCAUGGCCCCACAGGUCUUCACCCAGGCCCUGGAGUGCAUGCGCAGCAUUGGAACACGGGAGGUAGUCACCCAGAAGAACUUGAGCGGCCUGGUGCCCAUCCGAGACUUAAGGCUAGACCCCAGCCUCCUCUGUUCCAUCCCUUUACUGGCUCUGAGCCCCAAUCUACUGAUUGUGUGGCUCUUUCUGAGCAUAGCAUACCUGGUGGCCAAAUUGCGUUGCAAAUGAGUAUCAUUAUGAAAAUUAAUAAAGUCACAAGAAAAACAAAAGUGCCAGAACAUGUCCAGCCACCAAGUACCUAACUGGACAGAAGGAAUGUGUCAGAGCAUGGUCUGCCACGAGAUAUUUCAUGCCUUACAGUUUGACAUUUUGUUGUUCUGAACUGUAAAUACCUGCCAGAUUAUCUCACCAAGAGGACGUGUUCGUUUAAAUUCUGUCGAGUUUUCAGUGCUUGUACCAUGUUCUUACCGAGCCCUGUUACUGCGUUGUUUAGCUGGCCUAGAAUUACUUGUACCAAAUCUCUUACCUUCUGAUGUGAAACUAUUUAUUACCUGUAUAUCUCAUGUGCCCUGUUUCCUAGAGAAAGGAAAUCUGUCUGAAAAGAAUUUGUAUAUUUGAUACUAUCCUUUAAAUGUACUGCUAACCUUUCCUUUCCUUUGGAAGAGAAAUGAAAAGGAUAGAUGGCUUUUCUAACUGGCUCAUCUAGAUAAACCUAUUUAAUAGGACAUGUACUUUCUGCUUUCAUUUCAAAGCGUAGUCCCUGAAAUUACAGUAGCAAACAGUUUGCAGAAUCAUUACAUUUCCUUGCUUAUGUUAUUAUUUCCAAGUUGAGAUGACACAAAGCUGUGACUACAGUAGCUCACUGUACCAAAUCAGGCACAAAAAAUAACAUACUGCAUGUGACUUUAAAACUCCUCUUUUAAAUCUCUAAGGUUCAUUACACUGAUCCAGGAACUAAUGGAUUAAAGUUAUAUACAUUUAUUUUUUUUUAAAUAGCACUUUUCAUUAAAAAACAAACACACCUCUCUUACAAAUCAAAUGUGGUUAAUAAUAACAACAAAAAGAGUAUAUCAAAAUUUCCCCCAAAAAUGCGGCCUAACUUUUGGGGCAGUCGUGCCCGAUGGAGCUGUGAGAGAGAAAAGGUUGCUUUGGGUUCUGCUCUUAUCACCCUGCAUUUAACAUAGCCGGGUCUAAAACGGGGGCACCUGUAAACCUGGCAUCCCGUGGGGAAGGAGGCCAAGGCAGGGCCUCUCAGAGCAGCAGCAAAAGCUGGGAAACCCCACGGAUCCUGUAUGGAAAAGGGAGGCGGCUUGUGUUCCUGCUCAGAUCUCCUUGUGCUUCUGUUAUGGAAGUGGAUUUUCUUUCCCCAGUCUAGAAACACUGGAGUGAAUUUAGAGAAGCAUGUCUUUUCCAGAAACUUGACGCCCAAGCAUGCGCCCAAACCCAGCCCACUGCAAAAUCUGGCCUCUCCAUUCUCACCCCCAGGCUCGCAGAACUUCCUCUGGGGUUUCUCUGGUUUGGCCUCAGAUCUGAGUCUGGGUUCUGAAAGUUGUAGGAGCAGUUAGCAGGCUUUAAAUUCUGAGAUAGAAGGUGAUCCUCCUCACAGCCCUUGUCCUGGACACCCUGGGCACUGCAGGAGCCUGUGGCAGGUGUCACCUGAAGCUGAGGCCCCUUCUCCUCACAAGUGCAGUGUGGUCACUGUCUUUUCUUGAAUAAGUCAGGUGGCAGCCCUGCUCUCGGCCAUCCUUCAGGGGGAGACUCACCAAAUGCCAUGUGAUAGGUGGUGGCAGGUUGUAGCCACAUGGCAGUAGUCAGAGGUGAGGUCCCAUCCUGCCUGUGACUCUUGGAGAACUGUGUCCACCAUUGUCCUUGUCUACCUGGAGGUGUACACACUGACUCUCUGAGACGUCCUUGUACUGGAAGGAGGGCAAGCAGGGUCCACCGUUCGUGUUCUACAGCUCCCAGCCCUGCUCUGGGUCAAGCCCUCCAGCUGCCCUUUCGGGGAGGGGGGAGGAGAAACUCCCCGGCUCCAUGCCCACCUCCAGGCAGGCAGAGAGCAUGUGCAGAUGAGGGGGGCCCUUCUGACCACAUCCCCUCCUCUUUCUGGGCCUACCUCCCAGCACAGGGGCCGUGGCCAGCUAGACAAGCCCUGCCCAGGGGCCCCACAUGGCCUUCUCCUUCCCACCCCAGCCGCAGCUGCCCGGGUAUCAGCAGGGUUUCCUGCCCCUCACAGGUGUGGCUCCUAAGAUGGGAGAGAAAUAGAUGGAAGUAGAGAGGAUAAGGUUCUGGGUUUUUCUCUUCAGGGUCAAAAGAGGGUAUAGUCUCACUCUGCAGUCACAAGGCCAGGUAGAGAGACACUGGGAGAUCCACCGAGGCUGUGUGUGGGGUGGUUCUUGUCUGAGAAAGGCAUGCUUGCCCUUUGAGCUGGGUUUUAAUGUCACUAAGGCCUUAAGAAAUCAAGCUAAGUAUGCAUUUGAAAUCUUUUUUGCUUUAGUAAGAAACAGGCAGUAUAAAACAAAGAUGGGGAGAUGAUUCAAGAAAGGGGAGCCAUGGAUACCUGGUGAGGGUUUUCAGGUUGCUUCUAAGCUAAUGCUAGUACCGAGACAUCCUAGUUCAGGGUCACUAAGGCAUUGCUGUGUCCAGGAGUUCUACAGAGGAAGAUCCCUACCAGAAAGAGGAAAUCAGAGGUGUCAUUUGGGGUUUCAGUUCUAAUUUUUUAUUUCAAAAAAAAAAUAUGUCCCUGAAAUAAUUUAUCUAUAUUAAAAAUCAUAUAGCUUUAGAAUAAUUAAAUCCCUCUUUCUCAAAUCUAUCCAAGACCUUCUCAGGGUGCAUUAUGGUGACUCCUAAAAAUUAUGCAGCCAGCGUGUGAUGGGUGGAGCUGUUCUACCUUAGGAUGGAGCUGGUCUCUGGCAGGAAAUGCCAGGUCCCCCGGCCCAGCCUCUCUUCUGUCCACACCCGAGUCCCACACACCAAGCCAGAUCUUGUGCAGACAUGGGGUGAUAAGAGCCAGCAUGCACGCAGCCUCAUUAUUAGAUCCUGUAAAUUCAAACCAAAUUCAGACUUUGGAAAGAAAGUAAGCACAAUUUGGUUUUAAAAAACUGAAACAAAAGUGUAUAAUUUCAUGUAUAGUUUAUUCAGCCAGCUAAACCAGUAAUUAGCCUCUUUAACAUGUAAAUAAAAAAUAAUGUUGAAGUUCACAAGUUAUUCUUCUUUGUUCUUCAAAGCAGUUGAACACUUACUAGUGUGAGAGGUGGUUUUUGAGAAGUGUGUAUGUUUCUUUGUAAGUGGAGAAGCCAUAUCUGAAAUAGUCCUGUACUGUAAGAGCUUCCAAAGAUUAAGAAGAACCUCUGUAGCUUCUGCUCUAAAUGGAGUAUUUUUUUCUGAUUAUUGGAUGUUAAAUCAACGUGAUCUUUCCUCACCCGAGGGGCUCCCUGCUCACGUGGCCUAGGUGUUCUGCUUAGAUGACACACCUCUAGCUGAGGGCUUUGAGGCUCUGGUGACAGGAACGCAUAUCCGUGUUAUGAAAUUACUUAAUAACAAGCAGGUGGCUACUUUUCUAAAAUACUGGAGUUUAUCUUUUGAAUAAAAUGACUGUCUUACCAAAAAUAUUUUACAUGUUCUGGAUAAUGA